AUGCAUAGUGUAGCCCGACUAAAAACAGAGAGUGUGGAACAGAGACCCAACCACACUCUCAUCAUCUCGUCCCGGAACCCGCAGGAGACCAGCGAGCAAGUGCUUACCAAGGUCAAAGACUCGCUGGACUUAAAGAAGUCUGGGGCAAGGAUGGAAAGGGUCCGUAAGGCUCGCGACCAGAAAGUCGUGGUGAGGUGCGCCUCAAAAGAGGACAUGGCUAAAAUCAGGGGCCAGGUCCAGAAAAAUACAGAGCUGACGGUGCGGGAGCCCACAAACCAGGACCCCCUGGUCUGCGUGCGGGGAGUGCUGUCAAAUUACACCAACGAGGAGAUUGUAGACCUUAUCAAGGCCCAAAAUAGUCAUAUCCUCGAAGGAGUAGACAAGGCGGCACUUAAAAUGAAGGUGCGGUUUAGGAAGCGCGCCCGAAACCCCCACGAAUGUCACCCUGUGAUCGAGCUUUCCCCGUCGCUCUGGGGAAAGUUUAUAGACAAGGGCAAGAUCUAUGUAGGAUUCAGUAGAUGCACGGUCGAGGAUCAGUCCCCCCUCGUCCAGUGCAUGAGGUGCCUUGGCUUCGGACAUACCAAGGCACUUUGCAAACAGGACAAAAACACAUGUAACUACUGCGCCGGAGAACACACGGGGGGGACCUGUCCCUCGAAAGCGAAAAGUGACUUGCCCAAGUGUAUAAACUGUCUCAGAGCUAAAAGAUCCGGUCCUGACCUGGAACACACCGCGUACAGCGCGGAGUGCCCAGAGAGAAUAAAAUGGGACAACAUAGCGAGAUCACGGGUGCAAUAUUGCUAA